GCCCGCCCUCCGCUCGGCCGGCGCGGCAGGCGGGUCCCGCAGACCGGAGGGUUUGGGUGGCCUUUUCAGAUGGCGGCGGCGGCGGCGGGGCGGUGAGGGUCUUUCUGCUGUGGUUGGGCUGCGGGCGGCUCCGGCAAGCCACCGCGCCGCAGGUGGAAGAAGAAAGGUGCCACUUUGGCAUGAAGACAGACUCACUUAGUCGUCAGUCUUUUAAGCUGAGUGCAUUGUGAUUUCCAAUAAUUGAGGCAGUGGUUCUAAAAGCUGUCUACAUUAAUGAAAAGAGCAAUGUGGCCAGCUUGACUAAGCAGCCAGUGUGCACAGCGCGGGCAGGACGGCACUGGGUCUCGACGGACUUGUGCAUGUUAGCUGUAUAGAUUUGUGUAAGGUGUUUUAAAACUUUGGUCUUUUAAAAUAGUCUUAACUGCUUUUAAUAUGGAGACAUAUGAGAGUCCCUCUCCUCUCCCGCGUGAGCCCGCAGGAGAAGCUAUGAUGGAGAACCGAGCUUGCCCUUUCCAAGUGCUGCCCUGUGAACAGUCUCCACCACCUCCCCUGCAAACGUCCAGUGAUGCAGAGGUAAUGGACGUUGGCUCUGGUGGUGAUGGACAGUCCGAACCCCCUGCUGAGGACCCAUUCAACUUCUGCGGAGCUUCUCUUCUCUCCAAAGGAUCCUUCUCUAAGGGCCGCCUCCUCAUAGACCCGAACUGUAGUGGCCACAGCCCACGCACCGCCCGGCACGCACCUGCGGUCCGGAAGUUCUCCCCUGACCUUAAGUUGCUUAAGGAUGUAAAGAUUAGUGUGAGCUUUACCGAGAGCUGCAGGAGUAAGGACAGGAAGGUGCUGUACACAGGAGUGGAGCGCGACACUCGGACCGAAUGUGGUCUGCUCCUUAGUCCUGUCAGUGGAGACAUGCAUGCUUGUCCCUUUGGCGGGAGUGUUGGUAAUGGGGUAGGCGUAGGGGGUGAGAGUGCGGAUAAGAAGGAUGAGGAGAAUGAGCUGGAUCAGGAAAAGAGAGUGGAGUAUGCAGUGCUCGAUGAGUUAGAAGAUUUUACUGACAAUUUGGAGCUAGAUGAAGAAGGAGCAGGCGGGUUCACGGCUAAAGCAAUCGUUCAAAGAGACAGAGUGGAUGAAGAAGCCUUGAAUUUCUCCUACGAGGAUGACUUUGACAAUGAUGUGGAUGCUUUGCUGGAAGAAGGCCUUUGUGCUCCUAAGAAGAGGCGAAUGGAGGAAAAAUAUGGAGGAGACAGUGAUCAUCCAUCUGAUGGAGAAACAAGUGUGCAGCCCAUGAUGACCAAGAUUAAAACAGUGCUGAAAAGUCGUGGCCGCCCACCUACAGAGCCGCUGCCCGACGGCUGGAUUAUGACUUUUCAUAACUCUGGAGUUCCCGUGUAUCUGCAUAGAGAGUCUCGGGUGGUCACCUGGUCCAGGCCCUAUUUCUUGGGAACAGGAAGCAUACGGAAACAUGACCCUCCUCUGAGUAGCAUUCCCUGUCUGCAUUAUAAGAAAAUGAAGGACAAUGAGGAACGGGAGCAGAGCAGUGAACUCACCCCCAGUGGGGAGGUGUCCCCUAUCAAGCCCCUGAGCCGAUCUACAGAACUGGAGUUCUCCCUGGAAGAGCCUGACCCCAUGGGCGCAGACUCCGGGCCACCAGAUGAGAAGGACCCGCUAGGGGCUGAGGCAGCCCCUGGGGCCCUGGGGCAGGUGAAGGCCAAAGUUGAGGUGUGCAAAGAUGAGUCAGUUGAUCUGGAAGAAUUUCGAAACUACCUGGAGAAGCGUUUUGACUUUGAGCAAGUUACUGUGAAAAAAUUUAGGACCUGGGCUGAGCGACGGCAGUUCAACCGUGAGAUGAAGCGGAAGCAGGCUGAGUCUGAGAGGCCAAUCCUACCAGCCAAUCAGAAACUCAUCACUUUAUCCGUGCAGGAUGCACCUACAAAGAAAGAGUUUGUUAUUAACCCCAACGGGAAAUCCGAGGUCUGCAUCCUUCACGAGUACAUGCAGCGUGUCCUCAAAGUUCGCCCUGUUUAUAAUUUCUUUGAAUGUGAGAACCCAAGUGAACCUUUUGGUGCCUCGGUGACCAUUGAUGGUGUGACUUAUGGAUCUGGAACUGCAAGCAGCAAAAAACUUGCGAAGAAUAAAGCUGCCCGAGCCACACUGGAAAUUCUUAUUCCUGAUUUUGUUAAACAGACCUCUGAGGAGAAGCCAAAAGACAGUGAAGAACUGGAGUAUUUUAACCACAUCAGUAUCGAGGACUCGCGGGUCUACGAGUUGACCAGCAAAGCUGGGCUGUUGUCUCCAUAUCAGAUUCUCCACGAGUGCCUUAAAAGAAACCAUGGAAUGGGUGACACAUCCAUCAAGUUUGAAGUGGUUCCUGGGAAAAACCAGAAGAGUGAAUAUGUCAUGGCAUGUGGCAAGCACACAGUGCGCGGAUGGUGUAAGAAUAAGAGAGUUGGGAAACAGUUAGCUUCUCAGAAAAUCCUUCAGCUGCUGCACCCACAUGUCAAGAACUGGGGGUCUUUACUUCGCAUGUAUGGCCGUGAAAGCAGCAAAAUGGUCAAACAGGAGACGUCUGACAAGAGCGUGAUUGAGCUGCAACAGUAUGCCAAGAAGAACAAGCCCAACCUGCACAUACUGAGCAAGCUCCAGGAGGAAAUGAAGAGACUUGCUGAGGAGAGGGAGGAGACUAGGAAAAAGCCUAAGAUGUCUAUUGUGGCAUCUGCCCAGCCUGGUGGUGAACCCCUUUGCACUGUGGACGUGUGAGGGAGGCAGCCUGGGCUGGGGCAAGGGGCCAUCAGCAGCACUGCCUGGGAGAAUACCAGCCACCCACCGCUCACUCUGCAGCCUCAGGCCACCAACCUAAGUUAACUUCCCUGCAGCCAGUGUCUGGAACCAAACCAGAGGGUAGAGGCUCUGGUACAUGGGGACAGCCAUGGCCUUACAGCACAACAGUCAAGCAGCAGUUCUCUUCUGGAAGCUGCUCCCAGGCCUGAAUGGAUGUGUUUAAGGAUCAAUUUCAAAUGAUUACCCAAGUGGAAGCUAAUAAUUUGGACUGCUGCAGACUGCUCAUAUGCACCUGCUAUUAUAGGCUUUUAAUGAAGGUUUUCAUGAAUUUUAGUAUAUAACACACACUGACAAGAAAUGAUACUCAGAUGACAGUUGAGUAAGGACAGCUGAGUCCUGUGGCUGUGGCUGGCUCCUGAUGCCAGGUGGCCCCUGUGCCCUGAGCCACUGCAGGGACCUGGUUAGAAGGUGCACAUGGCACCCUGUCCCUUACCACCUGCCUUCUGUGUUUUCCCUUUUUCUCUGAAAAAGUUAUAAGAGUUAGGAAUAUUUCAGACCAUUUUGGUUUAAAAUAAACGAUUUUAGCAUUGAACUAUUUUUCAGAGAUUGCGGGCAAAUCACCAAGGUAGCUAUUCUCUAUUUGUGACUGAAGUUGCCAGUGAGGACACCAAACCCAGUCUGCAUCAACUUGGCCUGCUACUGGGCUUGGUCUACUCUUUGAUCUUGUCUUAAUGUCCUAACACUUGCCUCCCUGGACACUGAGGCCCCUGCCUUUGUUGGCAUCUGGCAACAGGUUUUUUUACAAAGAUUUUUGCACAGUUGAAUCCAUCUGUCCACCCAUCAAUUUUUAAAGCUUUUAUGAUAUUUUAGCAUUUGCAAAGAAACUUUUACAGUGAAAGUAGAAAGUAGAUUUGAAAUCAUGCAUUUAAGCAAGCGGACUUCUUUGAAGAAACAAAGGCCUUUAGUGCAGUAAGCCAAGGGCUAGCUGAAUACACGGUGGCUGACUCAACUUUUAGUGACAGUGGCCUCCUCAGGUUUCAAGGGCAGUUCCCCUGUAUAGCCAGGUCCAGUGUCCAGCUGGCUUUUCAACUUGUCACCUGUGCUCACGGGGUAGCCUCUGAGGGUAGAUUUUUCUGUCGGAAUUAGCAUGUGUGUGUUCAGGACCCUGGUGGUGGUAGCCAGCAAUUGAACUGUCCUUAGCACCUGUUCAGGGGUCAUGUGCUCACUGGACACCAGAGCCCAGCACUGGGCUGUAUCCUCAUAUUCCAUGACAUGUCUCCUAUCAUAUCCCUGCAGUCAAGAAGGCAUUUGUCCUGGAGACAGAAUGUCAUCUGAGUUGCCUACACUGUAUCCCUCGCUCACACCUGUGUGACUGAGGUUGACUUUUGUGUUGACCUUGAGGGGGGAAAAAACAAAAAACAAAAUCAAGUUGCUGUAAUUAGACACUUGCUUCUGUCUUGCCUCCCUGUCUGCAGCUGUGAAUAGUCAUUUGACCAUGACUGUUGCCCUUGAAACGGCCAGAUUGACCAUUGUGAACCAAAGCUUUGUGCACACAUUAGCCUAGAAGACAGUGAGCUUCACUGGGCUGGUCUGUCCCAGAUGCCACCACAGCAGGUGCUGCCACACAGUUGUGGUCUCUAGUGUCCUCCCUCUGCUACACAUGGGCACAAGCCCUGUAUGCACACAGCUGUACUGUGGGGCCUGUGCCAAUGCUGCUUCUGUGCACUAGGCCACAGCUGUUUGAGUGAGCCUCAAUGGUCUGAACACAUAAAGCAAACUCUAAAAGGGAA